UAUAUCUGGGAUGAGAUACUUCAGUUGAUCUUUUCACUCCGGUGGAUCCAGUUUACCGCGGAUUCAUUUGCUCUUUGUUGGCAGAGUAAUGGUAGCUCGUUGCAGGUUAUAACCAGUUACUGACGACCAUGCUGUUUGAUGCUUGUAGAGGACUCAGAUUCCUGGGGUGUUGUUAUCUGAGGAGGGAGAAAGAUGGGCAGCGUGGACAAGUUCAGGUUCUGCAUUGAUCGGGGCGGCACGUUCACCGACAUCUACGCCGAGGUCCCCGGCAGGCCGGAAGGCUAUGUCAUGAAGCUCCUCUCCGUCGACCCGUCCAACUACGACGAUGCUCCCAUUGAGGGGAUCAGGAGGAUUCUAGAGGAGUUUUCCGGCGAGAGGAUCCCCCGGUCGUCCAAGAUCCCAACCGGCAUGAUUGACUGGAUCCGGAUGGGCACCACGGUGGCCACCAACGCGCUUCUUGAGAGGAAGGGUGAGAGGAUCGCGCUAUGUGUCACCCGGGGAUUUAAGGACUUGCUUCAGAUUGGUAACCAGGCCCGGCCGAACAUAUUUGAUCUGAAGGUCUUGAAGCCUUCGAAUCUGUACGAGGAGGUGGUCGAGGUCGAUGAGCGGGUUGAACUUGUUCUUGAUGGUGAGAGGGAUGAUUCAGCCAUUGAAGGGAUCUCAGGGGAAUUGGUCAGGGUGGGGAAGCCAGUUGAUGUGGAGUCAUUGAAGCCUUUACUGAAAGGUUUGCUUGACAAGGGUAUACGGUGUCUGGCGGUGGUGCUGAUGCAUUCAUAUACCUAUCCCCAUCAUGAGCUCCUCAUUGAGAAACUAGCCCUGGAAAUGGGAUUUAAGCAUGUAUCUUUGUCUUCAUCGUUGACACCGAUGGUACGCGCAGUACCUCGGGGUCUCACAGCCAGUGUGGAUGCUUAUCUAACACCAGUCAUCAAAGAGUACCUAUCAGCAUUCAUGUCAAGAUUUGAAGGGGGAGCUGAACAAGUCAAUGUGCUGUUUAUGCAGUCAGAUGGUGGUCUUGCCCCGGAGAGCAGAUUCUCUGGGCACAAAGCAGUAUUGUCAGGCCCUGCAGGUGGUGUUGUUGGCUACUCACAGACCUUGUUUGGACUUGAGACAUCAAAGCCGCUCAUUGGGUUUGACAUGGGAGGUACAUCCACCGAUGUGAGCCGCUAUGAUGGAAGCUAUGAACAAGUUCUUGAGACCCAAAUUGCUGGGGCAAUCAUUCAAGCUCCCCAGCUUGACAUAAACACAGUGGCUGCUGGUGGCGGAUCAAAGCUUAAGUUUCAGUUCGGAGCCUUCAAGGUUGGGCCAGAAUCGGUUGGAGCACACCCUGGUCCAGUUUGCUACAGGAAAGGUGGUGAGCUGGCAAUUACUGAUGCCAACUUGAUCUUGGGGACCGUUAUUCCUGAGUACUUCCCAUCCAUAUUUGGUCCUAAUGAAAAUUUGCCCCUUGAUUAUGAGGCUACAAAAAGGGCAUUUGAGGAACUUGCUGUUGAGAUCAACUCUUAUCGGAAGAGUCAGGACCCAUUAGUGAAGGGCAUGACAAUUGAGGAGAUUGCUCUUGGGUUCGUCAAUGUUGCAAACGAGGCAAUGUGCCGACCGAUACGCCAGUUGACAGAAAUGAAGGGGCAUGAUACUAAGAACCAUGCACUAGCGUGCUUUGGUGGUGCAGGUCCUCAGCAUGCAUGCGCUAUAGCAAGGUCCCUAGGCAUGUCUGAGUUACUUAUUCAUCGUUAUUGUGGCAUAUUGAGUGCAUACGGGAUGGGCCUUGCUGAUGUUAUUGAAGAUCUGCAAGAACCUUAUUCUGCUGUUUAUAACACAGAUUCUGCCGCAGAGGCAUCUCGUAGAGUAGCUCAUUUGGUAAAGCAGGUGAAAGAAAAGCUAGUGGAGCAGGGAUUUGGAGAUGAGAGCAUCAGGACAGAUUCAUACUUGAACUUGAGGUACGAGGGAACUGAUACAGCAAUCAUGGUUAAACAGCCCGAGAAAGAAUCUGGAUGUGAUUAUGCUGAUGAGUUUGUUAAAAUGUUUCAACAAGAGUAUGGCUUCAAAUUGUUACACAGAAAUAUACUCAUAUGCGAUGUAAGAGUCCAGGGUGUUGGUGCCACCAACAUUUUGCAACCUCGUGAACUGACGCCAAUAUCAACUAAACCCUUGCAAGAAAGUUCAUGCAAAAUUUAUUUUUCACAUGGAUGGCAAGAAACUCCACUAUACAAGCUCGAGAAUUUGGGUUAUGGACAUGUCUUGGAGGGCCCUGUGGUUAUUAUGAAUGGGAAUAGUACAGUGAUAGUAGAAAAAGACUGCAAGGCUGUCAUCACUAAGUAUGGCAACAUAAGAAUUGAGAUCGGUGCAUCUCUGAGUACUGUAGAAAUAUCAGAAACAGUAGCUGAUGUAGUUCAACUUUCUAUCUUUAAUCACCGAUUCAUGGGUAUUGCCGAACAGAUGGGUCGGACACUUCAAAGGACUUCCAUUUCCACAAACAUAAAGGAACGGCUGGACUUCUCUUGUGCUUUAUUUGGUUCAGAUGGUGGCCUUGUAGCAAAUGCCCCUCAUGUUCCUGUACACUUAGGAGCCAUGUCUAGCACUGUAUGCUGGCAACUUAGUUAUUGGGGUGAUAACCUGCAUGAGGGCGAUGUUCUUGUUACAAACCAUCCAUGUUCUGGGGGUAGCCAUCUGCCAGACAUCACAGUUGUCACACCAGUGUUUAAUGAUGGUAAGCUGAUCUUUUUUGUUGCUAGUAGAGGUCACCAUGCAGAGAUUGGAGGUAUCACGCCAGGAAGCAUGCCUCCUUUCUCAAAAUGCAUCUCGGAGGAAGGUGCUGCCAUCAAAGCGUUUAAACUUGUGGAAAGGGGUGUUUUUCAAGAGGAAGGAAUAGUUCAGUUGCUGCAGUCACCCUGUUCUGAUGAACUUACCAAUGAAAAAAUUCCAGGAACACGCAAGAUUGCGGACAAUCUUUCUGAUCUCCGUGCUCAGGUGGCAGCAAACCAACGAGGAAUAACACUUAUCAAAGAACUGAUAAAUCAGUAUGGCUUGAUCACUGUGCAGUCUUACAUGAAUCACGUCCAAAAGAAUGCUGAGGUAGCUGUGAGAGAGAUGCUCAAGGUAGUCGCAUCUAGAGUUGAAAAGGAGACAGGGUCUUGUGUGAUUGAAGAUGAAGACUACAUGGAUGAUGGCUCUGUGCUCCAUUUGAAGCUCACGCUUGAUUCUCGUCGAGGUGAGGCUACCUUUGACUUUGAGGGCACCAGUCCUGAGGUGUACGGUAACUGGAAUGCUCCUGAAGCAGUAACAGCAGCUGCUGUCAUAUACUCCCUGCGAUGCUUGGUGGAUGUAGAUAUACCCUUAAAUCAAGGUUGCCUAGCUCCUGUGAAGAUCAUCAUCCCCAAGGGCUCUUUCCUUUCACCAAGUGACAAGGCUGCAGUGGUUGGCGGCAAUGUGUUAACCUCUCAGAGGGUGACAGACGUUGUCCUAAUGGCGUUCGAAGCCUGUGCCUGCUCUCAGGGCUGCAUGAACAAUCUGACCUUUGGAGAUGACACUUUUGGUUACUAUGAGACUAUCGGAGGUGGCUGUGGUGCCGGGCCGAGCUGGAAUGGUACAAGUGGUGUUCAGUGUCACAUGACGAACACAAGGAUGACUGAUCCAGAGAUCUUUGAGCAGCGGUACCCAGUUCUUUUGCACAGAUUUAGCAUCAGAGAGAGCAGCGGAGGCUCUGGUUUCCACAGAGGUGGUGAUGGCCUAGUAAGGGAGAUUGAAUUCCGCCGGCCUGUUGUCGUGAGCAUUCUUUCUGAGAGGCGGGUUCAUGCUCCCAGGGGACUGAAGGGAGGGGAAAAUGGAGCCGGUGGCGCGAACUAUCUAGUCAGGAAAGAUGGUCGCAGAGUUUUCCUUGGAGGGAAGAAUACUGUCACAGUUAAUGCUGGUGAGAUUCUUCAGAUCCUCACUCCUGGUGGGGGCGGUUUCGGCUCUCCUUGAUGGCGUCCUUGCGGACGCUGAUCUCCCUUGUUUUCUAUUUACAUAUAAUAAAGCUUGCACAUACAUUAUCUGGUACAGAUCCCAGCUGUUAUCGAUGCUUCUGAGGCACUAGAGCUGAAUAAAUCAUGAUCAUUGCUUGCUUUUAUCCGAACUACUUUUGCUCGGCGUUCUAA